AUGGAUUCCCACGGAGCUUCUCAGACCCAACCAGAGAUUACUGACGAAAUCUCAGAGAAAAUCAGAGAAUUUUGUGAUGAAUUUGAUAUGUUUGAGAGACAAGUCAAGAGAGGAAUGAUGCAUAAUUUCGGAAACAGGCUUGAAGAAACAAUGUGUGAGAAUGACCAAGCUAUCAAGAACUUUAUUUUCAGAAUUUAUUGUAUCUUCUAUUAUUACAUGAAAGCAUUAAAUACAGAGAAAGCUAUCUCCUUCUUUAUCUCUAAAUACCACUAUUUCACGGAAAGUGGAGAUUAUUUCUUGGAAGAAAAUGAGAAACCUCUCUACUCUGUCUUGUUAUGAGAGAAGGAAAACUUGGAAGCAAGAAUUCCUGGGAAAUUUGAUUUUGAUAAUCCAAGAUUCCCUGACAUCAACUCUCUCAAAGCUCAUCAAGACCAACUGAUUUCAACAGUCUAUUCUGAUAUCUACGAGAAAAUAAUUGAUCUUGAGAACAGCAAGUGGCACACAAUUUUUGAGAUUGUGAAGGAUAACAAGGCAAAGAACAUUCAUGCUACUAUCAUAGAUUUCCCUAUUCUCGAGCAGAACCUGAACUUGCAGACUGAGAAACUUCUAGAUUACUCUAAAGACAGAGUGGAUGACAUGAGCCUAAUGAAAUACAUGGUACAUGAUACUAAAGACAAGAUUAUAUGCAGUGAUAUCAGCCAGACAGGCCAAAUAGUCGCAAUUGGCUUCGAAGAUGGCCUUAUCAAAAUAUUUAAGCAUAAAAUCUCCUCCUCUGCUUCAGGCUCUAAAAGAACUAGAGGAAUUGUAAGAAGCUACUCUGAAAGAUCCAUGGGAACAGACCUAAAAGAUGAAGAUGUAAAGGAGAGCACAGAUAACUUGAUCGGACAUAAAGGAGCUGUAUUUUGCCUGUCCAUUUCUGAUGAUGAAAAAUUACUCAUCUCAGGUUCUUAUGAUUCUAACAUCAGACUGUGGUGACUUAAUGAUGGCAGUUGAGUGUACUGCUAUAAAGCCCACCAAGGCCCGGUGUGGGAUUUAAAGUUUUUCACCUUCUCUAAUUUCUUUGCUAGUGCUUCUGCUGACUCCCUUGCUAAAAUGUGGAUUAUCUCAAAGUUCGAGCCUGUGAGAAUAUUCGCUUUUCAUGAGACUGAUGUGAUCAAGAUAGAGUUUGUGUCUAAAUAUAAGUCCCUUGUAACAGCUUCAAUUGAUUUCCAGAUGGUUAUUUGGAACAUAAUCAAGGGUGAGAAAAUGAUUGUUAUAAAUUCGAUUAAAUCACCAAUUAGAUCCUUAGUGGUUACCAAGAACUGUAGAUAUCUUCUUACUGGAGAUGAGUAUGGUAAUCUGUGCAUCUUUGACCUAAACUUUAAGUGUAUCAACAUUCUGAACCUGAAGCAUUGUUAUAAUAAAGCAAUUUGGAAUAUUAGUUUUGAUCAAUACUUCAACUUCCUUGCUGUUGGAGAUGAGGAUACCAUAACAGUUUACGACUUUAAGGAGCUCUGAAAGGUAGCCAUCAUUGACCCAUCACAGAAGGAAAGAAAUCCCCCUGAUAACUGUAUCAUUCAUAAGAUGUCCAUCGGAGAAAGUAUAGAUAACAGAAUGUAUGGAAUUAAGCUUACCAAGUCGAAUAUCGUGGUUGCUGUUAUUAAAGGUGAUGAAAGCUAACUCAACAAGGUUUAAAUGUCAAGAUUAUUCAACUAAUCU